AUGCCGGUCAGUUUCGGUCCAGAGUCGAAGUUUAAGGAUCUCGAGGCGGCAUUCAAAGAGAUCCGACUCGAAAGCAAUGACAAGAAAAGUGAUGUCAGAUCACUGGCCGUAGUCAAAGACGACGAGUCAAAGGUAUUGUUGGACAGACCCGAGAAAAUUGGUUACUAUUCUGUCAGACAUCGACUCGAAGACGACGAACGCGAAUAUGUUGGCAAUGCAUCUGAGCUCAAGUAUCUUCACAUACCGUCACCGAUAAUACUGGAUCUGACUCAUGGCUACGACAAGUCAGUACGUUAUGGAGAGUGGGGUAACUCUAAAUUGGAUAAACUAUUGAAAUGGAUAUCCAUUAAUAUCCAAGAAUCGGAUAGUCAUCGACCACUUCUUGACGCAGAUUUUGUAACCACUCGUCGCGUUUUGGCUUAUAUUAUGACUUAUCCGUAUCAACGCAUCGAACAGUUAACUAUAGCUGCCGUAAAAUUUCGCGGAAAUAUAUAUUUGUGUCCAUUUUGGCCAACACAACAACCGAAGAGCGACUCAUUAAAUCAAAUGUCGUUCAGUGGCUAUCGUUUCGAGAAGUACUUGACCAGCACUGACCCGAACCGGGCAUCAGAUCUGGACGAGUUUGAUCGUAACGGCUAUAUUGGAGUUAUUAAGACACAAAUGACCACUAAUGCACCCAAACGUUCGGUACAUUCGGUAAUAUUUACGUCAAAGUUGGACUGUUUGGCCGAUAAGUGGUCAAAGUCGAACAGUUUGGAUCAAUUUGUUGAACUGAAAUGCGCUAAAAAAUUAAAUCGACAUAAAUUGCUUCAAUGGUGGGCACAUACCCACCUGAUUGGUGUACCGAUCAUUCAUUGCGGUAUAAGAGAUGACCGAUUGAUGGUAAAGACUGUCCAAGAGAUCAAAGUAGACAGUCUUCGAGAGAAUACCUUUUGGACGCCAGAAGUUUGCCUGAAUUUUAUGAAUGAUUUCCUAACACAUGUCAAACAAGUGGUCAUCGAUGACAACCCAGAUCUGGUCUAUCUGUUUGAGUGUCGUCCCCGUCAUGUCAUCACUUGUACUAAAAUGAUAAAACCGACAGAUUUUGAGGUAUUACCCAAUUGGUAUGUCGAGGUGUUUAAGGAGUGA